AUGGUUGAUUCAGAUGCUGGAAAGAAAGAUGUUGGAAACGGUGUGAAGAAAGAGGUAGUGAAACGUGAAAAAAUGGCUUCAAUAGCUGAUCUCCCUAGACAAUUGAUUCGUGAUAUUGUUGUUAAAUAUGCAGAUAUAAAAUAUGAAUCUUUAUUGAAAGUCUAUCAAUUAGAUCAAAAAGUACGUCCUGUGUUAUUAGCAUGCGCUGUUGUGGUGACAAAUGACUACUCGGUUGAUAUGAGAUCAAGUAUCCAGAGUGUUGCAGGAUUGGGCUUGGUGGGAAAGGAUGGUUCUUUUGAUAUUUAUCAUAUUGAUGAUAAACAUAUAGUGAAAAGACUUAAACAGUAUUGUUUCAUAUAUAUAUCUUGGAACCAUAUGAAAUCAUCACAAGGUUUAGUGACACAGUUCCCAACUAUAAAGGAAAUUGGAUACAGAGCAUACAGAUUUAAUGAAAACUUUAGAGAAAGAGCAUUAUUUUAUAGUGGUAACAAAGAGCACGAAACAUUUCCACGUUCUGAUCCUUCUGUUGAACUGGAUUUAUUUAAAAGAUGCGGACUUUAUACAAAUGCUGUUCUUGGAUUCGAUGAAUAUUCUUCAUUAACCACAGGGAAAAAUGUCGUUAAAUUCCAAGCUAAUAUGAUGACACGUUUAUCCUUGAUUAUAUCAACUGUUAAUUUCAAUAUAAAAGAUAUCAACCUUCCCAAUUUGAAAAUUUUAGACAUUACCACAUAUAAGACUAAGAUAGAUGAAGAAAUAAUAAAUAAGUCAACAGGAUUUAAUGAAAAGAUCUCAGUUGAAAUGCCAAAGCAUAGAGUUGUUCCAAUUUUUAAUAACAGCACAUUUUCAUUAUCAGGUUGUUAUUUUCCUAAAGUGGAAACAUUUACAAUUAAUCAAAGGAUAUUGAGGAUUGGGUCUAUUAAAAACUGUGAUUUUUCAAGUCUUCGAGAGCUAGAAUUUAAUAAUAAUUUUUUAUUGAUUAUUGAAGAUACGAAUUUCACAAAUCUUGAAAAGUUGAUUAUAAGACCCACAAUUAAUACUGAAUCAUAUCAUGAGAAAACAAAUAAUACUAUAGUAACUGGUGAUCAAUUUGAUUUAGACCUUGGUGAUUUCAUUCAAAAGUUUUGUGAAAGAUUUGGAUUUUCAAAAGAUCGUAUAAAGAAAUUCCCAUCUAUUUUCGCCAAAGGUAAUACAUUCAAGUCAUUAAAACAUUUACAAGUUCCUCAUAUUAACUCUUUAAUGACAGCUAAACUACCGAGGGAUGUCAUGUCAUCAUUGGAAAAAGUUAUCAUAGAUCCGAAACCCAACAUCGUAAAGUGA